AUGUCGGUAUUCGGACGAUUCCAGGAGAGUCGGAAGACUCGCUUCUCCAUCGCGGCCUGUUUCUUACUCUAUCUCAUCGGAAUCCUUUUCUAUACAUAUCGCUUCCCAGCUUUCAGUUUCGCCCACGCACCAACAGCCAUUACCAGCGCGACUUCGAUCCAAGCGCCGCUUAUCAAGCCAGAAAACACCACAGUCAGCGGACUGGUAUUCUAUGGCAGAAGAAGCCGAGUGGAGAUUAUGAAGUGCUACAUCGAGCGUAACAUGGUCGACAAUGGAGGAUGGCUCGACGAGGUGCUCUGGGUUGUCAACACAGACAAGCAAGAAGAUCUCCGAUACCUCGAAGAGAUAUUGGCUACGAACCCCCGGUACAAAAAGAUUUACCCAGACGAGAUCGCUUCGACGUACUCGUACAAGAAUAUUUGGAAACUAUUGGACCGUGGAAAAUACUAUGUCAAAAUAGACGACGACGUCGUCUGGAUCGAAGACAACGCCAUUCCUAAUCUCGUCACACGCAAAAUACAGAACCCAGACGACUUUGUUGUCUCGGGUAAUAUCAUCAAUAAUCCCCCCCUGGGCUUCUUUCACAUGCGCAUGGGCGCGAUACACCCCUACUUCCCCGAAGCUUUCGAGCCGUUCAACGUCACAAACGCUACUGACUACUGGAAACCGUCUCGACACCCUUCCUGGGACGGACCCAAGAAGUUCAAGUGGGAACUCAAGAACGACCCUCCGUCGUGGAAAAACCACAGGUGGCUAAGGGUUCCGGACGAUUCCAUGCUGCAUCAAACACCCGCUGCCGAGCUCAAGUAUGAAGUCUGGGGCGACAGUUACAAGAAUUGGGCCAUUGCUUCACAGAUGCAUAUGUCCCUUUUCGAAAACAUUGAGAAGAACCAACUAGAUCUAUACAAAUUCGAAAAGCCGUGGGUCAUGUACGAAGACCGAAUUCGAAUCAACUUUAUGUGCGUCUACAGCGAUGACAUUCUGGACACAGAUCCUGCCAAUUGGAAAGAAGGCCGGGGAGACGAGGACAUGAUCGUUCUUGAUCUCCCAAAGAAGCUCCGUCGUCCUGUUGUUAUACAAGGCAAUGCGCUGGCCGCGCAUUACCAGUACAUGGAUCAGAAGAAGUUGCUCCAUACAGAUAUUCUACAACGAUACCGGUCCAUUUCCAAGGACAGGUACUGUUUGAAGCAAAAGGCUCUUCCGAGCGGUGGGCAGGAGAUGAAGCAAAGAUCGCAUUAG